GCCAGAGUGACCAGACGUCACCGCUGAAUGAUUAUGCUGACAUUGACAAUAUGGCCGAUAUUACAAAUAUCAAUGAUCAAGUACCAGGGUGGUUCAAAGAGCUCAGGGUAGGUAACAAAUCCAUUCUUUUCAAAAUCGAUCUCAGUCCUAUUCCAUUUCCCAUGGAAAUCCCUGCCCCUACUGUUGCCAGUCCUAGUAGUAGUUCUGAUAUUUCUCCUGACAUUGGUGAUCACAGUAAACAAUCUAACCCGGUAAAGGAGGUGAAUGUGCCUCAACCAGGAAUGGAAUUGUUACCAACUAGAGUCAGACAUGCUCAAGAUCUGGUAUGGUUGCUAAAAAGCCUGCCAGAUAUUGCUAACAUUGAUUAAGAUU